UUGUCCGAAAUUGUACCUUUUGUACAUACCUACUUAAUUAAGUGGAUAUGAACACUUUCGUAGAAGGUCGUGGGAAAAGGUAAUUUUAAGUGAAUAGUGUUUAUUUACUUGGCUUGCAGAUUACAAUUUUUAAUCGUUUGUGGAUAAACGAUAGCUUUAUUAGGUUGUUUUGACACAAAUAAGCGUAAGUUUAAAAAGCAAAAUUGAACAAAAAAUAAUAGAACAUUUUUUGUGGAAAUUUUAAUUGAAUUCAAUUUAAUAAUAAAUAAUGAAGCUGCAAAAAUGUACCACCAAAACGUGUAAUUCGAGUGAUUAACUCCAAGAGUCAUUGCUCCUUGCCAUAAAAACAUCUCGUCUCAUUUUUCCAAAUAUUUAUCUUAAUUACGAAUAUCUUUGGAGCAAACAGCAUGAUACAGCACUGUAAAAACAAUAAAAGCAUUACACCUCCAGUGAUCUGUACAUAGUCUUGUUAUUGUUUCAGUUUAAGAAACAAAAUGUUAUUUUCUGAUUCAUUAACCAAAGAUUUGUUUGGUUGUGUGUUAACUUUUGCUAUACUGAUAAUCGCCUAUUUCAAAUGGUCUUACCAAUACUGGAAACGAAAAAAUUUGCCUUACUUGAAACCAACUUUUCCUUUCGGUAACAUAACGGGUCUUUUAACUCGUAAAGAAACUUUUGGUGUUAUUAUACAAAAAGUGUACCAAGAAAUGAAAAACUGUAACUGGAAUCAUGGAGGAAUUUACUUGACUCUAAACCCAGCUUAUUGCGCUAUUGACUUGGAAUAUGUGAAGAACAUAAUGACCAAAGAUUUCCAACAUUUUGUCGAUCGUGGAUCUUAUUACAAUGAAAAAGACGACCCUCUUAGUGCCCAUUUAUUUGCAAUAGGAGGCCAAAAAUGGCGAAACUUGCGAACUAAACUUACCCCAACUUUUACCUCCGGUAAAAUGAAGCAAAUGUUUCAGACUCUGGUCGACUGUGAAAGUAAUCUAGCCAAAAAAAUUGACAUGGAAUACGAGAAAAAACAUCCCAUUGAUAUUAAAGAAGUGUUAGGGUGUUUCACAACUGAUAUUAUCGGCUCAUGUGCUUUUGGUCUUGACUGCAAAACUUUUGAACAUGAAAACUCGCCAUUUCGAGUGUAUGGUAAAAAACUUUUCAAGGGAUCAACUUUACGGAACAUAAAACGUUCACUUCUCACACAGAACUUCCCGGAUUUAGCCCAGAAAUUGGGGGUAUUAGCUUUACCUGAAGACAUAAGUAACUUUUUCAUGAAAGUAGUCAAGGACACAGUUAGGUACAGGGAGAAAAAUGGUUUCACUCGAAGCGAUUUUUUGCAACUUUUGAUCAACUUGAAAAAUAGUAAGGUUGCAGAAGAAGAGGGUUAUAAGCAUGAUGGCAACACUUUGACUCUUGAAGAAAUCGCAGCUCAAAGCUUUGUGUUCUUUAUCGCCGGUUUUGAAACAUCUUCAACAACUAUGACGUUUGCUCUUUACGAACUUGCAAAAAAUCAAGAAAUUCAAAGUCAAGUGAGAGAAGAAAUUGAUGCAGUCUUGAAGAAACAUGACGGAAAAAUCACGUAUGACUCCAUUCAAGAUAUGAAAUUUAUGAACCAAGUGAUUGAUGAAACUCUGAGGAAAUAUCCACCAAUACCUUUCGUGACAAGGAAGUGUGUUAACAAUUACCAAAUCCCUGGAGAGAAUAUUGUUAUUGAGAAAGGAACAACUGUCAUUAUCCCGAUUUUAGGGAUUCAUUACGAUAAGGAUUAUUACCCAAAUCCUGAAAAAUUUGACCCUGAAAGAUUCACUGAAAAGAACAAAAAUGCAAGACAUCACUACGCUCAUAUUCCAUUUGGUGAAGGUCCACGAAUUUGCAUCGGCGCUAGGUUUGGGUUAAUGCAAACCAAAGUCGGAUUAAUUUCACUGUUGAGAAAUUACAAGUUUACAGUUAAUAACAUGACUAGAGAACCCCUGAGAAUGCAAGUGGACUCGUUUGUUUUGGCAGCCGAAGGGGAAAUUUGGUUAGAUGCACACAAGUUGUGAAAAUUGCUGUAAAAAAUUGAGCAAUAAAAAUUAAAUUCUA